AUGACUGAAAUCAAAAUACCUUUUACCAAAAAUAAGGCAGAAAAAGUCCCUGCGAGCAAAAUGGGCUCUGGCAGCAAAGGGCUUGAAUUAGAAAUUACGACCAAUUUUUACGUCGGAGCAGGUCUGGGAAUUGAUUUAACCAAAGCAUCGCAUGGAGUUACUUCUGACGGCUCUUUUCAAAAAAUGGUUUUUAUUUUUAAAGAUAAUGCUGAAGCCGACAUUUAUCAGGCCUUAUUAGACAAUAGUAAGACCCAGUUUGAAUUGAAAUUUGAGAAAGAACAGGUUUAUUUAGAAGUGGGCGGAUUUGCUAAUCUUAUUGACACUACCAAACCGAAAAUUGAGGUUUAUCCGGCCGACAAUAGUCGAUUAAUGGUCGUUUUUUUUCAACCAAAGUUCGCCGGAAUAAUUAAACUGACUGCCACUUCCCAAGGUCCGACCGGACCUAAUGAACCAAAUAUUCCCACCAACGACCAGCAAAAAAUCCAACAAUUACAAGCCAAAAUUGCCGAAUUAGAAGCCAAGUUACGACAACAACCUGAUGCUCCGACUAAUGAGGACGAAAAAAAGGAAAUUAAAAGAUUACAAGAAGAAUUGGAAAAAUUGAAGAAAAAAAAUAAUCCUCAACAAACAAACAAAGAUAAAUUGACCGGCAAUGAAAUAAAGUCGAUCCGUAAUAAUCGAGUAGCAAUCGACGAGGCUUAUGCUUUACCCCAGAAAAAAGAAUUGUAUGUUUUUAACAUGAAUAUUGCGGCUUAUCAAUAUUCUCAUGCCCGCAGCCUAGCCCAGGCUCGCGAUACUCGGAGAAAGAGAAAAUUACUCCUCACCAGACGCGAGAUAAAUAAAAUAAUUGGGGUUAUGAAAGCCAAAAACUAUGCUCUAAUUCCCCUACAACUUUUUAUCAACAACAAGGGUUGGGCGAAAUUGGAAAUUGCUCUGGCUCAACGCCUACGAAAAUAUCAAAUAAAAGAAAAAAUUAAGGAGAAAGAAAUGAAAAGAAAACUCCCAAUUCCAACAAUAGAUGCUGUUGUUCCAAUUGCUCCUGGUAGUGAACUACCCACCACUUAUAGAAGUGGGGGCUUCUCGGUUCCUAGACAAGGCUAUCACCUA